GCGGAACGCGGCGCGGUUUGUCCCUCGCGAGGUUCCGUUGGCGGUUGAACGGAGCCGCGGUCGGUGCUGGUUCCGGUCCCGGUUCUGGUCCCGGUUCCGGUCCCGGUUCCGGUUCCGGUCGCCAUGUGCUCCCUGGCGCUGUUCCCCCCCCCGCCCCCCCCGGGCUCCGUUACUCUGUGUGAGUUUAACAACGCGUUGCUGUGCGGGCAGCGCGGGGAGCCGCUACCGCUCGACUUCCAGAGUCUGCUGCAGCGCUGCCCGUCACUCACUCUUGCCUCGAGGGACGGUUUGAAGGUCCCGGCGCCCGAGUCGGGGGCUCAGCCCUUCCUGCACCACCGUGAGGCCCUUUGGAAGAGGGUCCUCUGUGCAUGGAGAGGGACGGGGCUCUAUGGGCUGCUGAAGGAGAUCGUCAGCUCGAGGAGGAGGGGAGUUGAGUGGUUGAGGACGGCCCUGAGCUGCGUCCUGACCGUGUGCCGGGGGCUCUCAGCCCUGCACGGCUCCCUCCUCCCACACCUCUCGCUGAGCAGCGAGGAUAUGAUCAAUGUCUUCUCCCAGGCAGUUGACUGGGCUGGCUGCAGUAUCCGUGCCUUCGCCUGGCAUCCACACACCAGCAAAUUCGCCGUGGCUCUGCUGGACGACUCGGUGCGGGUCUACAACUCCAGCAGGUCUCCCUGCUCCCCCGGCGGGUCCCGGCAGGCGUAUAAAGCUCUCCUUAAGAGAAGACUCUCCCUGCUCUUGCUGCGCCCCACGCAGCGCUGCCCCGCUGAGCCGCUCUCCCCCAGUUGGGAUUUCAAGCCAACAAGUGCCAGCUCUCCCCCCGGGCUGCAGGAGCUGAAUAAUCACACCAGUGCCACCAUCCCGUCGCUGAAGCAUCGGCUGCAGAGGAACGUGGCUGCUGUGGCCUGGAAGCCGCUGUGUGCCUCCAUCCUGGCUGUCGCCUGCCAGAGCUGCGUCCUCCUGUGGCACCUGGACCCCACAUCCCUGUCCACCAGACCCUCGUCUGGCUGUGCCCAGGUGCUGUCCUACCCCGGGCACAGCCCCGUCACCAGCCUGGCGUGGGCACCCAGCGGGAAGCUGCUGCUCUCAGCCUCACCCGUGGACACGGCCAUGCUGGUGUGGGAUGUGUCCACUGAGAACUGUGUCCAGCUGCAGUGGUUUGGGGGCGGCGGGGUCACCUUCCUGGCGUGGUCCCCUGAUGGCAGCAAGGUCCUGGCAGCCACCCCUUCAGCCGUGUUCAAAGUUUGGGAAGCUCAGAUGUGGACGUGUGAGAAGUGGCCAACCAUCAAAGGGCGCUGCCAGACGGGGUGUUGGAGCCCGGAUGGCAGCCGGCUGCUCUUCACGGUGCUGGGAGAGUCCGUCAUCUACUCCUUGUCCUUCUCUGAAUACAGGGGGGACAUGCAGGGGCAGGUGGGAGGUUCCAAAACAGCUUCCAUCGUGGCAGAUCUGUCGGAGACCACCUUCGAGACGCACUAUGGGGAGGAGAGGGUCGGAGGAGCUGUGCAGUCCAUGGUGUGGGACCCCACCGGGGAGCGGCUGGCGGUGAUCAUCCGAGGAGAUCAGACGGUGGUGGCUGUGUUCCGUACCCGCAACAGUCCCGUGUUUGAGCUCCUGCCGUGCGGGUUCCUGCGGGGGGAGCAGAACGCGGAGCCGCAGCUCAUUGCCUUCCAUCCCUGCUUCCAGAAGGGAGCGCUGCUGACCGUGUGCUGGUCCACGGGGACCAUCAGCCACAUCCCCUUCUUCUUCCUGAGUGCCUGCGUGCCCUACGGCAGCCCCGGCCGCAGCCCCGCCGUGGUGACGGCCAGCAGCAGCGUGCGGGAGCAGCCGCUCUUCUCCGAGCUCUGACAGCAGCGUAUGGAACCAGGACGUUCAGGGUCUCAGGACACUGCAGGGCUGUGGUCCCUUCUUGUCCCCCCAUGGGUUCUGUAUCUGUGCAGCUCCGUGUGCUCAUCCUGUGGAAGGUGGGGCUCAGUGGGUCAGCGCCGUGCAGAUUAAAGGUGACUCCUCAUCCCCCACACCUUGCUCUGCUCCUCGCUCUGCUCCUUGCCCAUGGAAACAAGGAAACUUUCCCUGUAAGUUAGUUGGGGGAUGAAGCCCCUCGGGUUUGCUUCUGGGGCUCUGGUGCUGCUCUGCGCUGCCAGGCUGUAGUCUGGAGUGCACCUGCAAGAGAAGAACCAUUCAGUGCUUAAAUUAAAGCAGAUUGAAGGCUCCUGA